CUCUCUCUCAUUCCAUUCGAAGCGACUACGGCGUCAGUGCCUAUGGAUCCAGCUGCUGAUAAACCGGCGAAGAAGCGGAAGGCUUCGGCUGCCUCCAAGAGCUCGAAGGUAUCCUCAGGUUCGCGGAAGAGCAAGUCGUCCGAAGCUUCGACGAAGUCGGCCUAUGUGCACGGAAAAUUAGCAGAUCCUGUUCAAGGUAGAACGAACACCCUGACUGCAGCUGCAUCGGACAAGAGUGACUUGCAGUCGGGCAUAUCUCAAGGGCCCCUUUCGAAGCAAACAGGCGAAACAAUUGACCACAAAGAAACCGCUGCAACUGAAGCCGAUACGAAGCCUUCGGUAUCUUCACUACCAUCUGAACAGAAACCUUCAAAGUCGGUGGCUAUUAGCGCCCCAGUUGUAGUACCCGCGUCGUCAGCUCAGGAUGCCAGUGCCGUCAACCAGGAGGGAGCUCAAGCACAGGACAGAGGAACGUCAGGAGCUGCUAGUAUGGCAACUCAGUCCAUUAUGUCGACCAGGAUGCGUUUCUUGGUUUCGGAAAUCAACAAAAUGCAGGAAAAGCAGCCAGAGGAGACUCCGAAGCUGAAGCAAGUAGAAAAGCCCAUCGAACGCAAACGUGCAGGACGUAGUAAAGAGGACCAUACCCUGCCGACUGGCGCUACUCCUCACCCAAAAGACAAGCCUGCUGGAAAGGAUGACCGCAGCAAGAUAAACAAGGUACCAGGGAUAAGCAAGCAGUUCUUCGUAUGCGUUCUUCUUGUGACUGUCGCCAUCUCGAUCAUCGUCAUUGUUGUUCUUCUCUACCGAUGGUUCUUCUCAGAAAAGGGCAUCCUAGUGGAAUGCAACACAGACGAAUGCAGGAACGUCUUAUCCAAAAUCGAGCAGCUGCUGAGCUCUAACGUCGAUGCCUGCGAUGAUUUCUAUGGUUACGUCUGCGGCAAGUGGGCCGACAAACCCAACUCCGGUUUCCUUGACGACGUCAUGAGUAUAUACAACGAGACGCUGAUAGAUGCCCUCUUUUCCCAACAGUCCCUGCAACGAUCGAGGCUUGGACGACACGUGUUUUCAGGAAUUUACCGCAAGUGCGACGAGUACGUCAAGAGAGGGAAAGGUUCCUUCCAGGAUGCCAUGGAAGGUAUCGGCAAAUUAAUCGACAUUGACAAGUUACGAGAAGCCACAGACGGGUCAGCUUUAUUCGCCUAUCUUACGGGCCUUGUUUUGAAGACUGGCGUCCAUACCUUCUUUACAAUCGAAUUUGAUCUAGUCGGUAAGGUAGCAGCCAUGCACAUCUGCCUCGGUCGUUCCAUCCAACAAAAAAUUUCCGCCGGGCAUGAUUUGUCUGCCAUCGAUGUCACCACCGUAUCGAAUUUGACACACAGUUUUCUGCAGAGGGCCGUAUUCGGUCUUAACAUCACAAACGAAACAAAUGCUGACGACCUAUUCGACAUCGACGAAGACGUCCAUCGAAACUUGCUGAAGCCGACGUCGACACGAGGAGUACAUUUCAGGGACAUAGCCACAGUGACUUUGAUAACAACUACAGUAGACGUUAUUAAUAGAAAUGUGCCUUCACGGCUUCGCGUAAGACACGACGAUGUGGUUUUGGUUACUGGAGCCGAUUCCAUACAAAGUAUCAACCUUGCCAUAAAGCGCCGACCGUUUCCAGAGCAGAAGUACUACUUCAUCGUGAACCUACUUGCCGAAUUCCUUCGGUAUAAUAUCUACAGGGAACAUUUCCAGCACGACUACAAGCUCCACACAAUGGUCUGUCUCAGCGCCACCAAGGUAGUCCUUAUCAACACCUGGCAGUACUUAGUCGCCCAGUUAGCUGUGGAGUAUAGUUAUGCAAAGACAACGAGGGAUACGGUUGUUAUCGCGAAAAAUGCGAUAGCCAACGGAAAAGAAUUCGAUAUAUUUGACAGUUACUUGCAAUCGAAUGUCAAGAGUAUAUUAAGGGACAUGAAGAUAGCCGUGUACGACGGCCUGGGUUUACCGCGUUUAAGUUCUGACAUCGACUACAAUUCGUGGAACCCGCAGGGAACGUUUUUUCAGGCUUUGAUGGACGCGACACGUUGCACACGGGCAAUACUGUACCAGACGUUUUAUAAUAAGAACACAGACGUAGCGGCACAGUAUCAGUACAACGCCACAAUUGCGUACGCAGAUCCCUUCUUGUACGUUCCGACGGCUUACCAGCGUAGUCCACUCUUGCACGCCGUCCAGGGGCUCCCGUUUUACAUCAAUUUGGUCUCUCUCGGUCCGUUGGUGGUAGUGGAGAUGCUGCGCGGAAUUGCUGGACCCCUUCGAGACUCUGCGAAGGCGGGAGAACAGUUGGGGAACGCGACGUCUUGCACGAAGAAAGUGGGUUCACUAAUUGGCCUCGACCUGGAGAAUUCCACAGAAGCGCAACCUUGGGACAGCGAUGUUGUGCUGUGGCACUUCGCGUUUCGCAUCCUGUAUUUAGAAGUGCAGAACGCGGUAAUGUCACGGGGUAAUGACGUCUUCAGGGAACACUGGCCCACUGCCCAGUGGUACUUCUUCAUCAGGUUUUGCAUGAUUUCUUGUACGUCCCGAGAUGAUGGUUCAAGCCGAGAGCCUCCAAGGAGCUUCAAGGAACGAUGCUUGGUCCACCUGCUUGCACACAAGGAUUUUGCAGUUCGUUUCAGAUGCUCCGGGAGGUCGAAUUUCAGAACUAUUGACUGUGCCAACGACUAGAAGUUCUCUAGUUGUUUCUAGAUUUUGCUGUAAUGAUUCUGAGAUACGUUUACUGUCCAAAGAAAGAGUACAGAAGUUUC